UCUAGUCUGCAGGUUUUUUAGCACUUCCUUAGAGUCAUUAAAGAUUACUUCGAACAUAGCACAGCAAGUAUAUGACGAUAAUUAUUCUGGAGUCUCUCGGAUCGACUACCAGAAGAUGAUUAGCCAAUCGGACAAUUUUUUAUCAUCCCCUGAGUUUUACGAGAUGGAUGAUCAGCAUCUUCCGUUUUACGACCUGGAUAGUGAAGUAUUGGACACCAUUUUAAAUGAGUAUACACCCAACUACUGUAACCAGAAUGACCACGUCAUCGGAGCAACUGCAAUUACAAACACAAUACAACCUUACCUGAAUUCAAGCUCAGUUUAUCACCGAAUCUCUUCAGAUUUGUUGCCGAUUGUUAACCAAGACCAGGAUUUAUUGAACAGCAUAAACUGGAACGAUCAGAAGUUAACUUCACAAUAUGAGUUAGUUGGCCUCGAUGUCCCGGAUCACAUUUCUUACAGCACUGUUGAUCCGUAUGAAAGCUGUGACGUCAGCCUGACGAGUGGCUUUGGUACCUAUAAUGACAAACUAUUCGUUGCAUCUAUUUCUCAAAACCAUACAGAAAACACUGAUAUGUCAUCUCUCAACAAACAACAAGGUACUAGGCGACGAGGAAGGCCUCCUAAAACCCAAGCCAAGCAUCGAAACCGUCAAGGUAAAGGAUUAGGAAAAUUGUGGGAAUUUAUCCGUGAUCUUCUUCUUCAUCCAAGCUACAAUCCCGCAUACAUUCGAUGGGAGCGACGUGAGGAAGGAAUAUUCAAAUUUGUACAGUCAGAAAAAGUAGCUAAGAUGUGGGGAGACCGAAAACAUAAUACAAAUAUGACGUAUGAGAAACUAAGCAGGGCAAUGAGGUACUAUUAUAAAACCAAGGUUUUUCUGCCAGUAUUUGGACGACGACUUGUUUACAAGUUUGGACCUAAUGCAACGGGUUGGAGGAUGAGGGAGUCUGACUCGUCUUUUUAACUACUUUAACAGGGGAAUAAACAUUUAUUACACUGGAGAUGUCUUUAACACGUCACUUACAUACAAUUGCUAUGCAAAAAAAAAAGACAUCUGUAGCGAAUUUCCUGGAAAAACGUGUUUUAAACACACAGGCAUAAUAGAGUUCUGACUUGAAUAUUAAGUAAAAGCCAGAAUAUUAUUCACUGUAAGCAUUUGUUAGGCUUACAGCUCAGCGCAUACAUUAAACAUACAAUUAAGACGCAUAUGAAUAUAAGUAAUUUGAAAUAUUGAAAUGGUUAACGUACAGAAAGUGGAUAGGAUCGUUUAUGUUUUACAUGCAUUAUCCUACCUAACUGUAAGUAAUCUGAAAUAUUGAAGUGGCUAGCGUACAGAAAGUGGAUAAGAUCGUUUAUGUUUCAUAUGCAUUAUCCUACUGAACUGUAAGUAAUCUGAAAUAUUGAAGUGGCUAGCGUACAGAAAGUGGAUAAGAUCGUUUAUGUAUAGAGUUCUUUGUUUUUGGUUUUUACCAAUUUUUUUCCAAUUAUUUCACCCCUUAAGAAUAACUUUAUCGAUUUAACCAACACAAACCCGGAUAAGGCUUGGUCAUUCUGGGGCAUAAAGGUUUGAGUGUUUGUUGUUUGUAUUAUGUAGAUGACAUCCUCAUUU